CGCCUCCUCCGCUCCUCCUCCCCCCCCGCCCCGUGACGUCACCCCCGCGCGCCCCCGUCCCGCACGCGGCGCCGCCAUGAGCUCCACGGUGCCGUGCGCAGCCUGGGUGCGGCGCGGCGUUGCCAAGGAGACGCCGGACAAGGUGCAGCUGAGCCGCGACGAGCUCCGGCGCCUCGUCGGGGAGGCCCGCGAACGGCUGAGGGAAGGUGCUGAUGACAGCGAUGAAGAUGAGCAGGGCCAGACAGCAGAUGGCAUGGACGUUGCCGCCGCUGAAAGAGCUGAGUCUUCUCCUAAAAACGAAGACCAGGAGGAAACCUCUGAAAAGCUGACUGACGACGAACUGGCUGAAUAUGAUUUGGAUAAGUAUGAUGAAGAAGAAGACACAGGUGACACAAAGCUUGGAGAGACUUUGGCUGGCCUGGCAGUGUAUGGGAGCAACGAUCAGGAUCCUUACAUCACUCUAAAAACCACUGAUCAAUAUGAACAGGAAGACUUUUUGAUUAAAUCCAGUGACAAUCUUGUCCUUUGUGGCAGAGUUGAUAAAGACUACUGUAGUUUGGAGGUCCAUGUUUAUAAUCAUGAAGAGGACUCAUUUUAUGUACAUCAUGAUAUUAUCUUGCCUGCUUACCCUCUAAGUUUGGAGUGGUUGAAUUUUGAUCCUAAUCCUGAUGAAUCAUUAGGAAAUUACGUUGCAGUGGGUAACAUGACCCCAGUUAUUGAUAUUUGGGACCUUGAUAUAGUGGACUGCUUAGAACCAGUCUUUUCUCUUGGCAACAAGAAAGAGAAAAAGAAGAAAAAGAAAGGAAAAAAAAAUUUAUCUGCAGAAGGAACAGUGGAAGGACAUACUGAUGCUGUGCUUGAUCUUUCAUGGAACAAACAAAGCAGGAACGUUCUAGCAAGUGCAUCUGCUGACAGCACUGUGAUUUUGUGGGAUAUGUCCGUGGGUAAGGCAGCAGCCAGCCUGACGCUACACACAGACAAGGUCCAGACUUUGCAAUUUCAUCCAUUUGAAACUCAGACCCUUAUUUCUGGAUCUUACGAUAAAUCAGCUGUGCUGUAUGAUUGCAGAAGCCCACAGGAUAACCAUCGAAUCUGGCGGUUUAGUGGUCAGGUUGAAAGAGUAACUUGGAAUCAUUUUUCACCUUGUAAUUUCUUAGCAAGCACAGAGGAUGGCUUUGUGUACUGUCUGGAUGCUCGCUCUGAUAAGCCGCUGUUUACUCUGAAGGCUCACGAGGAAGAGGUAUCAGGGCUACAGCUGAGCAGUCAGGUCAAAGGGUGCCUUGUGACAUCAUCUGCAGACAAAUAUGUGAAAAUCUGGGAUAUCCUGGGAGACAAACCAAGUUUAAUCCAUUCCAGGGAUAUGAAAAUGGGUGUUCUCUUCUGUGCAGCUUGCUGCCCUGACUUCCCAUUUGUUUUUGCCUUCGGAGGAGAGCGAGAAGGGCUGCGUGUUUGGGAUAUAAGCACCAUUUCUGCAGUGAACGAAGUUUUUGGCAAAAGAGAGAGACUUGUUCUUACUGGCGCAAACUCUGCAGCUUGCAGCUCCGUGGCCAGCAGUAGCAGCAACAAUUCAGAGACAGCAAUGGAAUCAUGAUGGACCAAACCUCAGAAAUUCAAAGUAAUUAAAGGGACUGCAACGCGUGUAUUCUACAAAUUCCCCUGUUUGGACAUAGUUCAGAGAAAGGAUUCGUGUCAAGCAAUCUGCAGGCUUCUUCAUCUCAAAGAAACGUGGUUUAGCUCUUAAGUCAGGAGUUCCGAGUUUCUGCCUCUAGCACCAGCUUUGAAAGACUGAAUGACUUCCGUGUGUCUGAGAUUAUGAUCCCUGAGUUAGGGGCUGCUGUGUGUUUGUCGAAUGCUGCAAAGGAGGUAAAUAACGUGUAAUGGCAAAAGGAACGGUACUUCAAUCAACAGCUGUGUAAUGUCAGACAAAUGCUGAAAGAAAGGGCAAGUGUAAAUAGUCAGAUGAUUUAUCCUUGAGACUGGAUUUGCAGAUUUCUAACACAGAUUUUAAGUUUUUAAGAUUUUUUUAAAAAAAAGUUAUGUCUGAAAGAGUAUUUCUUGAAUACUAAGUUGGAGUCCCUGAGUAGAUUCAUUAAAUAUAACACCUCAGAUCACCAAUGUCCAACCAGAAA